AUGGCGUUUAUGAAGUCCGUGAUGAAAGUGACUGUGUCCUCCACCACCGUGCCCAUGAUGACCAAGUCCUUUUCCUCCUCCUCCUCCUUCGCCUCCUCCGUGACCGUGAUGUCCGUAUCCACCACCACCAUCUCCACCAUGCCCAUGGUGACCAUGUCCUCCUCCUCCUCCUCCUCCACCGCCGCCAUGUCCAUGGUGACCAUGUCCUCCUCCUCCUCCUCCUCCACCCCCGCCAUGUCCAUGGUGACCAUGUCCUCCUCCACCACCAUGCUCAUGGUGUCCAUGAUGUCCGUGUCCCCCUCCACCACCGCCACCACCAUGUCCGUGAUGAUCAUGUCCUCCUCCUCCUCCACCGCCACCAUGUCCAUGAUGACCAUGUCCUCCUCCACCACCGCCACCACCAUGUCCAUGGUGACCAUCAUGACCAUGUCCUCCUCCACCGCCGCCACCACCAUGUCCAUGGUGACCAUUAUGACCAUGUCCUCCUCCACCACCGCCACCACCAUGUCCAUGUCCAUGGUGACCAUGAUGACCAUGUUUUCCUCCUCCUCCUUCUCCACCCCCGCCAUGUCCAUGGUGGUCAUGGUGGCCAUGUCCUCCUCCUCCUCCACCGCCAUGUCCAUGGUGGUCAUGGUUGCCAUGUCCUCCUCCUCCUCCUCCUCCACCUCCAUGUCCAUGGGGGUCAUGGUGGCCAUGUCCUCCGUCUCCUCCUCCACCGCCAUGCCCAUGGUGAUCAUGAUAUCCGUGUCCGCCUCCUCCUCCUCCACCCCCAUGUCCGUGAUGGUCAUGAUGUCCAUGUCCUCCUCCACCACCUCCUCCAUGUCCGUGGUGGCCACCAUCUCCACCACCAUGAUGUCCGUGAUAUCCUCCACCACCGCCACCAUCAUGUCCAUGAUCCCCAUGUCCUCCUCCUCCACCACCACCACCGCCAUGUCCAUGAUGACCAUGCCCUCCUCCACCACCACCUCCAUGUCCGUGGUGGCUGUCACCUCCACCACCAUGAUGACUGUAUCCUCCGUCCCCUCCUCCUCCAUCACCACCGCCUUUGCCGUGAUGAUCAUGGUCGUAAUCAUCGUGUCCAGGAAUAUGAUUAUAAUCCCAAAUAUGAGAACCAUGACCUCCAUGAUCAUCUCCCCAAUGAACCUUAGUAUGGAAACUAUGACCAUCUCUCUUCUCUGUUCUUUCUCUAUAAUUAUGAGGACCUCCUCUUUUGUACUCGAAAACAUAUUUCUUAGGUCCAAACACGUCUGCAAACCUGCAAACAACAAACAUUAUCAAUAA